GGCCCGCAACGUCUCCGUCCGCGGCUGAGGCGGCGACGGCGCCGGGCGGAACCGAGACUCGAACCGGGACCUGUGGUGGUUUUGUUACCGCUUCAAAGCUGCCCGUCAAGAAGAAGCCGGGGUAGGUUGCCAGCCGUCGGGCCAUGUUCUGAGGGAGGCCUCCAGGACUCGGCUUGGAUCCAGAGACCGCAGGUGUAGGUGAAGAAAUCGCCCUCCUCACGUCUCUUGUGGAGCUUUUGAAUCAUGGCAAGUCCAAGAACAAGGAAAGUUCUCAAGGAAGUCAGAGCACAAGAUGAGAACAAUGUCUGUUUUGAAUGUGGUGCUUUUAACCCCCAGUGGGUGAGUGUGACCUAUGGAAUUUGGAUCUGUCUUGAGUGCUCAGGAAAACACCGAGGCUUGGGAGUUCACCUCAGUUUUGUACGUUCUGUAACCAUGGACAAGUGGAAGGAUAUUGAGCUGGAGAAAAUGAAGGCUGGAGGCAACAGCAAAUUUCGGGAGUUCUUGGAGUCUCAGGAUGAUUAUGAUCCCUGCUGGACAAUGCAAGAGAAAUACAACAGCAAAGCUGCAGCUCUUUUUAGAGAUCAAGUAGCUACAGUAGCUGAAGGCAAGGAGUGGUCCAUUGAAACUUCUCCUGCCAGGAACUGGACCCCACCUCAGCCUAAAAUGUCUCUCUCUUCUACUCAUCGUACUGCUGGACAAUCUCAGACUGCAGCUGCCUCUUCUGACAAGGCUUUUGAAGACUGGUUAAAUGAUGAUGUCAACUCCUACCAAGGUGGCCAAGAAAAUCGUUACGUGGGGUUUGGAAACACAGUAAACCCUCCAAAAAAAGAGGAUGACUUCCUGAAUAAUGCUAUGUCUUCCUUGUACUCGGGUUGGAGCAGUUUUACAACUGGAGCAAGCAAAAUUGCCUCAGCUGCUAGAGAGGGUGCAAGCAGAUUUGGAUCUCAAGCAAGUCAAAAGGCAUCAGAGUUAGGUCAGACAUUAAAUGAAAAUGUUCUCAAACCUGCCCAGGAAAAGGUAAAAGAGGGGAAAAUAUUUGAGGAGGUCACCGUGGGGGUGUCACAGUUGGCCAGCAAGGUCCAGGGAGUUGGAAGUAAGGGAUGGAGAGAUGUCACUACUUUUUUUUCUGGCAAACCAGAUGAUAAUGCUGAAAGACCACCUGAGGGGGAGAGCUACCAGAACAGUGGAGGGGAUGGCUACCAGAACACUGCUGUAGAUCAAAGCUUCUGGGAGACCUUUGGCAACUCAGAUCCACCAAAAGCUCAUAAAUCCCCAAGCAGUGAGAGCUGGACCUAUGUGGACAAUUCCACAGAGAAGAAGAGCUCGGAUAGCUGGGACGUGUGGGGCUCAGGAACAGUUUCCAACAACAAGAACAGUAACAGUGACAGCUGGGAAAACUGGGAGACCAACUGGGAAAACACAGGAGGGGAAAGCAAGACCAAAAAACCUCCCAAGCCAACAAAAAAGGCAUCUUCAGCUGAUGAUGUGUGGGAUGACUGGUAGAACUCUUGGUAACUUUGUUUUGCACAGCUAGGAAAGGGAGGCUAUGCUGGCUGAUUGAGGGGAGGAAGUUUGACACACAACUGGAGUAUCUUGGUUGACUUUACUGAUCUCUUACUUUUGUGCUUCCCAUUCAUUCUCCUUCUAUCACAGUUGAGGGAAAAAAAAAAAAAAAGCAAGCAGCAUCUGAAUCUUUUCUUACAUCAAAGUGGCUCUCCCUUUUUUAAGGAUAAUGAGAAAUACAUUCUCCUUGCACUAUUGAAGCUGGAUAGGUGGCUUUCCUAGUAUGAAUGUUUCCUUUUCAAAAGGAAAAAGUGAGUGCAAGCACACUUUUCAUGGCACAAUCUUGCAUGUGUAGGUUGUUAGGUAUUCAUCCAGCCCUUGUAUAAUUAGGGAUGACCUGAGAUGUUGAAUGCAAACAAAGGACAGGGUAUGUCUUGAAAAGCUAGCAAAUAAAGCAGCAAACUGCAGCUGAAUAAUGUAGUUCAAAUGCCUUAUGGAUUGCUCUGACAGGAUGAAGUCUGGCAAUUUGAGAUGGUCUUAAAGAUGAUUGGAGCUUUGUUUUUAAACUUCCAAUUUUUAGGGUUUGUUUGGUUGGGUUUUUUUAGUCUCUUAAAACUUAUUUUAUUCUCUUAGAAUUAAUAAGGAAUCUAGAGCUGGGUAAUUCUAUGUGUAAACUCAAAGUUCUGACCUGAGCUGCCAAGGGAGAUCCAGAAAAGCUCUGUUUGCUCUUCUGGCUCACAGGGCUAAGAGUUUGCAGAGGCAACAUGCAAAGCUGUGACAUUCUCCUUCCUUACUUGUGCCCCUUUCCCAUCUUGAGUAUUUUAUAUAGCCUGGUUUUUCUCUCUCUUCCUCCUACCUAUCUUAUUUUACCCAUUCUGAUCAAAAUGAAAUCUUUCUGCUGCCUGUGAACUCUGGGGCAUCUGUUUGGCAACUUGACAGUGAAACAAAUCUAUAAAAAAGAUUCCAAAUCAGAAAUAAGUAGUUGGAAAAUAUGAGAGCUGGCAGCAAGCCCCUUUCAGGAUGAGCAGAUGUCUGGAUUUAAUAGUAAAAUUGAAAUGAAGCAGAUGUUUUCCAAAUUAAUCUUUAAUAUAUCAACCUAUUUCUCUAUUUCUGCCAUGUAUUUCUCUACAUUUUCUUCCUAGAUCUUGUGAAAAAAAACCCUAUUUUGGAAACUUUAGAUACUCUUCAUCAGCAUUAAGGAAUGGAAUAGAAGAUUCAGUUAUAUCUCAAUUUUGACCCAGCAGAUUGCUUUACAUGACACAGAGCAUAACUUUUACAGAAGAACUGUGACUUUAAGGACAAAGCUGCCCUCUGUACCCCAUUUCAUUUUGGGGGCUGUGUUGUAGCUGUACACUGAGCCCAAAACCAGUCAGCUCACUUGAAAACUUCAGGUGAUGUUGUUGCAUUAUCUGCUUUACUACCAGCAUGGAGUUCUUUCCUGCAGCCCCUCUAAAUGUUAAUACCUCCCUAAAAAGCCUUUUCUUUUUCAAAUUAGUGACUUUGUUCAAGCAAACAACCAACCUAAGUUGCUGAACUUAACCUGAAUAAUGCUUCUUUUUUUUUCUCUUCACAGAAGUCUUUGAGCUUAUAGUAAUACCAAGAGGUUAAAAAGGAAGGAAAAUCAUGAAUCACCUCAAAAGUAGCAGAUUUCAAAGGCUUCAGUUUAAGUAGAAGUAGCUCCCUUUCUAGCUUGAUCCUGUAUUUCUAUUAGUAGAAACUUCUAGAUGCUGCACAGAAUAUUUUUCUAGUCUUCUCUAAGCCCUUCUGCAAGUUUGGAUUUCUUUUUUUUUUUUUUCCCUUCUUGCUUCUCCUGUUUGCAGGUCUCUGAAGCUCCUGCAGCAGGACCCAGAGCUGCUUGCAACCCAAGCACUACUCCAGGCUGAGCCAUGCAAGGUGCCUGCAGCCUUCUUGCCAACACACUGACCCUCUGGAAGUGCUGAAGACACCAGAGAUCUUGGUUUAUGAUGCUGCUUGUGCCCCCCCUCAGCAGACUUUACAGCCUGGCUGGAAAACCAAGAGUUUUGUUGUGCUUUUUCUCCAGUUCCAAGCAUCCCUUGGUCAAAGCCUAAUUGCAUGUCAAAUGGAACUUUGUAUUUUUAUGCACACACCUCUGUUGCCUGCUUGUGUUUGUCCUGCCUGUCCCUGGCAGCCUGGCUGAGGUGGCUCUGCCCAAGUCCCUGACUCCUGGUUGGUCUUGUUUCAAGUGUUGCCAGCAAAAUGCAGGCAGUGGGUCAUCAUCUGACAGUGCCAUCGUGAUAAAAUCACUGCUGGUGUCUUCCCUGGAGUGAUGGGAAGCUGCUCAGCUUCCUGGCUACCAAUUUAUUAUGGUUUCUCUUUUAUAAACCUCCUGUAUCAGCUUGGAGCAAGGAAAGCUUUAUAUCAGUCCACUCAGUCAGCAGCACUGGGAUGUGGAUGUUCUCUGCAGCUCUGUGGUUUCCCUAGGAGAAAACUGGUUUGGUUGUACAUCACUUCCAGCUACAACUGACAGGAGCCAUUUUUCUCUCCUUCUGGUUUAAAUCCCUCUGGUUUUACUUCCCUAUCACUUCAUGUUCCAAAUUAAACAGGCAGAGCCCUACUCAAGCAGAAGCUUUAGAUGAUGAUUUUUUCUUCCAGUUGAGGAGGCAGUGACAGAAUGGUUGCCAUCUUUUUUUUUUUUUUCUUCAGUGCUGUAGAGUGGUUAAAAAAUGUUACAAAUCCCAGAAAGGUGUUACUGGAGACACUAAAAACCCAGUAAAACAGUAGAAAGUGUAACUAGCCACAAAAUUAGUAAACCAUCUGGGUUUUGUGCCUCAGUGUGCCAGGCAAAUUGGUAUUUUUUGUAGGAUUUGUCUGAAUCCAAACACUUUAUCACAUCUUCCAGAGGAGAGGAUGAAAUGAGGGCAUUUUCUUUUGCAAAGCCUGUUUUUUACAGGAUUUUUCUUUUUUUGUGUGUGUGUGUAGAUGGCUGGGAAGUUUCUGCAGUUAGGGGGGAUGCAUAUGGUCACACUGCAUUUUUGAGUUAGGCUUUUCUUUUUAUCCCCCUUUCUCUCCCCAAAUCUUCCUUUUUUUUUUUCUUUUUUUUUUUUUAAUUUUUUUUGGCCUAAUCUUGAGCACUACAAACAGAGGCACUGAUUACAGCCUCCUGGAGCUGAGGCCACGUUUGGAAGUGAAGAUCCAGCCAAGAAUCUCAGUGAAGGCUUUAGUGUCACUGUUUGCUUCACGUGUAUGGUGGAGAGCUCCAGUUUUUCAGUCCUACACCAUGCAUUAAUAAUUCUGUCAUACAAGGGCAGAGCACAGAAGUUGCAAUGAUUACUGCAACAAUUGGGCAUUGUAAUGUUUGAUUUACAUUUCCUGAUGCUGGUUUGUUCCUUUGUAUGGCUUCAACUGGGGAAAAUAGCAGCUGGAUUCCUACAGGUAGUCUGAAAGAAGAAAAAUCUUCAGACAUUCAAGCUAAGUGCCACUUGCAAAGAAAAAAAAGCCUUGGAGAAUGUUUCUGAAGCAGAACCCUAAUCCUAUGAUUUAAGGAUUAUUUAAAAAUGUUUCAUUUGUGUCUUGCAACCUGUUAAUAAUUAUAUUUCAAGAAGUGCUUGGCCAACUCUCCCUCCUCACUGAGACCUCAAGGAUAAUGCUGCUGCUUUUAUUUUCCAGGCCAGACUGUAACAUUCCAUGGGUUCAUAAUGUGUUUGUCAGUGUAAUGAUCUGUGCAAUUAUUUUGACAAGUGUGGGUAAAACCUUUAUUAUUUAAUCAAGGAUACAUUUAAAGAAACAGUGGAACAGCAGUCUGCCAAGGCACUUCAGUUCUCACCUUUGGCAAUCCUAAAUUUCAGUAACCCUGUUAAGAAAGGCUUGAGCAAUCAGUGAACAGAAACCAAGAAACAUUUUGAUGUCCAUUAUCAGAGUUUGAUUGUGAUGGCUUUGUGACCUCUAGUUUUAGAGCCCUCUUUUCAUUUUCAUGCCAGCAGAACCUUGGUUGGCAUGGACUAUACUGUACCUUUAAUUUUCCUGAUGUGUUUUUUGUGAUGUUCACAGGAAUGGCCAUUUCAGUGAACACUGCUCAUUGUUCUGUAGAGUGGUACUGGACUUGAACUGCAGUGUCAUCUUUUAAAGAGCAUUAUAAUAAAGCAAAGAGAUCUGGAGCAGAA